AUGAACCAGACCAAUCAGACUUGGGUGACAGAAUUCUUCCUCUUGGGACUUUCUGAUGACCCUCAGACUCAAGUAUUGCUCUUUGCAUUGUUCUUGGUAGUCUACUUGAGUACUAUACUUGGAAAUCUGCUCCUCACAUCCCUAGUUCUGCUUGACUCACAGCUCCAUACACCCAUGUAUUUUUUCCUGUGUAAUUUAUCUCUGACUGACCUUUGCUUCUCAACUACUACUGUUCCCCAAUCUCUAAUCCACAUGUUGUCUAGAAGAAAAUUGAUUUCUUUCACAGGAUGUGCAGGUCAAGUUCUUUUCUUCCUAUUCUUUGGAUCUACACAGUGUGUCUUAUUAGGUGUGAUGUCCUAUGACCGAUACUUGGCAAUUUGUGACCCUAUGCAUUAUCCCCUCAUCAUGACAUGGAAGGUAUGUGGCCUCUUGGCCUUAGGGUGCUGGUCCGCUGGCUUUGUUGCAUCCAUGGUGGACAGCAUUUUCAUACUAAGUCUACCUUACCAAGGAGACAAUCAGAUUGCUCAUUUCUUCUGUGAGACUCCAGCCCUUCUGGUUUUGGCAUCUGCAGAUACUCACAGCACAAAUAUGGUCAUUUUCCUCAUGGGUUCAGUCAUCAUAGUUACACCUAUGUUUCUGAUUCUGAUUUCUUAUGUAUGUAUCAUAAUAUCUGUGAUCAGGAUGAAGACAGCCUCAGGGAGACUCAAGGCCUUCUCCACCUGUGGUUCUCAUCUCAUUGUGGUCAUAAUUUUUUAUGGAUCAGCAAUCAUCAACUACAUGACACCUAAGUCGUCUAAGGAACUAGGGAAAAUGGUAUCUGUGUUCUAUGCAGUGAUAAACCCUAUGCUCAACCCCCUCAUAUAUAGCCUGAGGAACAAAGAUGUGAAAAGGGCAUUCAGGAAUGUGGCCAACAGUAGACCAUUCUGCAGAAUUUGA